UAACUGUAACUGAAUACAGUUACUCAUAAUUUGUACUCUGAUUACGUAACACUGGUACAUGUAAUCUGUUACUCCCCGACACUGACUGUAGAACCAUUUUUAAAACCAUAAGAGCGCGAGAUACAGUUUCUUUAAUUGAAGUUUAUGGGACAUUUAUUUCUAGGUCUACGUGGUUUUCUAAGAGCGCAGGACACAAACAGUUUCUUUAAUUGAUGUUUUAAGGGACAUCUGUUACUAGUUCAACUUUGUUUUGUAAUGUUGCCAGAAGGGGGCGCCAGACAUCAGCCCACAGAGUCCGUACGAGCACUAGGACCCGGAGAGGAGCAGCGGCACACGCGCACUGAGCCACACAGACGCCGCAGUAAAUAUAGCGCAUGGAUCUACAGAGCGCUGCUGCCCAAAGCCGCUCUGCGCCCGCGCCCUGGGCUCAGCGGGGCGCACUUCCCCGCGGUGUCGGGUCAGAACCUGAUCCGGACCAGGACCCGUGUUUCCAGAAUGCUGGAGCUGUGUAAAGUCACGCCGUCGCUGUUCAUCUCAAACGCCCGCUCCGCCUGCAGUACUGAGCUUCUCCAGCAGGAGGCGGUCACGCAGUGCAUCAACGUCACCAGGCAGCAGCCGUUUCCCUCGGCGACGGUCGCUAAGAUGCAGGUGUCGGUGUUUGACGACCCCAACGAGGACCUGCACGCGCACUUCGACAGCUGCGCCGACGCGAUCGAGGCGGAGGCGCGACGCGGAGGCAAAACCCUGGUCUACUGCAAGAACGGACGGAGCCGAUCUGCCGCCAUCUGCGCCGCCUACCUGCUCAAGUACCAGCAGCUCACACUAGAGGGCGCUCUGCAGCAAGUGAAAGCAGCGCGUCAUGUCAUCGAACCCAAUCCAGGCUUCAUGUUGCAGCUGCAGAGGUAUGAGGAGGAGCUGAGACAGAGAGACCAGACCUGACAGCUCUUCGUGGUGGCUCCUCGUGGCUCCUCGUGGCUCCUCGUGGCUCCUCGUGGCUCCUCGUGGCUCCUCGUGGCUCUUCGUGGCUCCUCGUGGUGGCUCCAGUCUGUGCCCAGCGCUGGAAUGCCAGAUAUGGAAGUGGACUGUCCGACCAGGGACUAAUUCAGAGGUCAAACUCAGACAAUUAAACUGUACUUCUCAGAGCAAUGAAAACUGCAGUGGAACUUGAAAGUAUUCAAAAUUAAACCUGCUGUAGUUCCUGGUUGUACCUCCAGGGGGAGCCACACUCAAGUCCUGGGCUCCUGUACAGUGUGACCUGUUAAACUCAGGGAGAGAAUCCAUGUUUGUGUUCAGUCUUUGUUUUGUGUCGCUACCUCUACACCAGGUCUCGGUUUUAAAUAAGAAUCAAAUCUCAAUUAACCUGCCUGAUUAAAUGCAAAUUUAAAACAACAUUAA